AUGGAUGUUUUUCUUAAUAUUUUUUGCACUCUGCUUUCUGCCGUGAUUAAAUUCGAUAUUACGUCACAGGAUUUAGACACCAAACGUCUAUUAUAUCCAGAAAAUGACGCCAGCGUUGACAAGAUAACCGUCACAAAGAGUUUUACUUUGGAAUCCUGCACCUGGGAUGAUUCUCCCUCUUAUGCUGCGUUAUUUGGACUGCAGCAAAACAUCUGCUUCUUCAGUCAUGAAAACUCCAAGCAGGUUGCAAGUCAAUUCAUCUCCGAGGCGACCCCACGUGCUGAUAAUUUAAAACUAGUGGAAACUAAUGUACGAACUAGUACCGAAGAACGGGAUUCACUAGUCAACCUGCCGCCUUUGGAAGACGCUGCUGUUGGAGACAUGGAGCAAAAUCCAAUUCCUACCUUUAAUGAGUUCCACGCUAUACUUUCUGAAGAACAAGGCGGACUAAAGGCCGAUCCUGGCUCUACGCGAACCGAUGCACUGUUCUCUCAUGACAAGCGGAUCAUUUCAGCCGGUGGACCGACGUCCGAUGACACUUAUUCAUCUAAUGGUUCUCUUUCCGACAACGAUCAGCGAGCAAAGGGUGAACAGUCUGACAUUCAGGACGCAAACUUGAGCCCGGUUCCUUUGCGUUUGAACGAAGCUGUUACAGAUACUAAUGAAUCCAAACACACCGAAAUCAGUAUGCCUGACGCAAGUGCGCAGAUCACGACCGAUUCAAUUCAGACCGACCAAAAUAAGGAUUCUGCUAUGGAUAACGCUGGCCUGUCCAAUGACGGAACGUACACAUCCGCAUCAGUCACGUUGAGGCGGAAUGUUGCUGCCUCUGGUUGUUUCGCCAAGUUGUUAGAAGCUAGCAAGGCUAUCAAAAAUCCCGAUGCAGUACUGAACGAGAACACAGACGAGUAUAUGAACGUUCCGUGUAGUGCCGAAAAAUGGUUUGUUAUCGAGGUUUGCGAACCCGUGAUGCUGCGUGAAAUCGAGGUAGCCAAGUAUGA